GCAGUUCCCACGCCAUCUGCUUCGCUCUUCCAACAACUACUUACGAGAAUCAUGAAACAUUUAAUCACCACUUACAACUUUCAUGAACGGCUCGUUUUCAUUCCAACGUCUCAUGUUUCCGAGAACUUGAAACGUCUCCUGUCUGAUUCUCUGCAAGAUGGAGAGCAGUUUCUCGGCUUUCUCCUCGUGGCAGUGCACCGGUGUUACUCUCAGCACCUGACGACAGAGCAAGUAGUCCUGAUGAAGGCAGUAUCCACCUCCGAAACGUUGAUCAUUUUCCACCGGACGACAAGGCGCUACGUCCCAGAAGACAUCCAACUUAAGGAAGGCAAGAUACUUGUCGAUCUGUUACUUCCACGGUCCAGAUCACGUCUCCGUGCACUGGCAGUCAGAUGACCACACAACACACGGAGGAGGACGGAAUGGCUGCAGCUAUUAAAGCAAGUUACAACUGCGCACUUCAUUUUCCAAAAGAAUAUGUAAGUUUCCAUGACGUCAAAUUCUCAGAGUUGCUAGAGUGAACACCGUUCUACUCGUAAGAAUCCUUUCUUUGAAGUUGUCAUUGCUGAUUCCAAUUCAAUUUUAUUGGUUUAACUUGAAUAUGCAACUACCGCUAAUUCACUUCACUUCUGCAGAAUUGCAACAGAAGUUUAGAGCUUUGUAAUUGUUGCACUGGGAAUUAUAUUUGUAGGCAUUUAGCAUGAAUGUAAUUAUGUAUGUAAUUAUGUAUAUAUGCAUUGAGUAAAUAUGUACGCGUGAAUAUGACCCCGAGAAAGGUGGACUAAGCCAGCGGUAUUCAACCUUUCAUGUUCGCGUACCCCAAGAUAUAAUUUCUCUUCAACUCUGUA